UGUGUGUGUGUGUGUGAGAGAGAGAGAGAGAGAGAGAGAGAGAGAUUUGGACGGCUGCUCUCUACUGCCUCCUGCUGUCCUGUGUUGUUUGGGGUAGAGACAUGAAGGUCUAAACUAAACAAAUUCAUAAAGGUUUUUGAAAAGGUGAGCUGCUUUGUUGGGUUUUGUGUGUAUGUGUGCAACCAGAGAGACACAAUGACAUUAAGGAGAGUGAAUUAAACUAUUACCAUGCAUUUAAUUUUAAACACCCUGACCAUGAAAAACACAAAUUAAGCACCUAACACAAGCACCUGGUCUUACCAGGCAGAGAUUCUAUAAUUACGCAAAUGUGUCUGCUGAAUAUAGAAUGUCCUUCAUGCCUAUCUGAGCCCAAAAACUCAGAGCCACAGUGUGUGUGUGUGUCUGUGUGUGUGUCUGUGUGUGUGGUAAUGUUUUUCCUGCAGAAGUGCUAAUGUAUUUUCUGUGUCUUUUUUCAAUGGCUAUUUUAGUGAAGGUUUCGUCUUCACUGUGUUUCAUCUGAGAGUGCGUGAGGUGUGUCUGGAUGUGUGUGUUGUAUGGAUUCUUUCAGCAUCCCUUUUUCCUAGUCUUCUCAGUCACUUAUUCACCAGACGGCCUGAUGGAGGAGGAGAGAGCGGCAGACAAAGAGAGAGAGCACUCCAUUAUCCUUCGCGACCGGUUCUGCUACCCCAAAACUACCGAAGAGGAAGGUCUUCCCAACACCCCUCCAACCCUAAACCUCACCUCUGGAUAUGACAAAGAUUCCUGGAGACAGUUCCUGAGCGGAAAACAUAUCACAGAAGACCCACAUAUUGUAAAAGGCUCGACUGUGCCGCGCGAGGGGCGGAAUGGCGUUGUGGAAAGGACUCUUUAAGAUUCUUGUAUGUGCACCCUGGUUGCGAUAAAGAGAAAAGAGCCACAACAAGACCUUCUGCAGCAGCACAAAGGAUAAUACACGCAGACAACGGGGGGCAUUUUCUUCGUCAGACCGCGUUAAGAUGCGCUGUUUUUCAGCACGCGAGCGGGCGCAUGCCAUGCUGUAGCGCUGCGUACUCAAAUGGCACGAGCCAGCGCGACCGAAUCGCUUUGACGUUCGCGGAGUACAAGACGUAUGAUGAUGAGCGGCAGCUGCCGUGGGACCAGUCUGCUUGUCCCGAUGCGUUCUCCACUCUCUGUCCGGUUCGCCUUCACUCUUCCUCGCACACACCUGCACGUCUUCGCUGUCUCUGUUCUGGGAACGCACGUAGGUAAAUAGAACCGCGUCAGGCGUGGGAACAAUGGAGUUGUCUGAGGUUCGCUGUUCCAGCGCCAGCGAGGAGCUGCACACCAUCAACAAAACCCCCAGCAACAACGGGAACCGACCGAAGCGCCUGCUGUGGCAGAAUGCCGUGCGACACAUCACCGAGCAGCGAUUCAUUCACGAGCACAGCCCGAAACCCGUCUCACCGGACGAGCCUCACGCGCAGGGCUCGCGCAAACAAUCCGCCGGCAGGACGUCGGUGAGCGACCGGCAAAACAACGGCGGCACUAAAGUCUUCCCCGAGCGCUCGAGCAGCGACCUGGGUUUCCUGCAGAUCGACUGCGCGCCCAGCAACUCCGACUUCUUCCUGAGCUGGGGCUACACGUACCGCGGGGUCAUCUUCCCCACGCUGCGCUACGCCUUCAAGUCCAGGGACCUCGAGCGCCUGUACCAGCGCUACUUCCUGGGCCAGCGACGGAAGUCGGUGGUGGUCAUGAACAUUCUGGACAUGGUGACCAAGCUGACCCUGCUCGUGCUGCACCUGACCCUGGCGUCCACUCCGAUGGACCCGAUCAAAGGAAUGCUGCUCGGCUUCUUCACGGGCAUCGAGGUGGUCAUCUGCGCUCUGGUGGUGGUGCGCAAAGACACGAGCUCGCACGGAUACCUGCAGUACAGCGGUGCGGUGACCUGGGUCGCCAUGGCCACACAGAUCCUCGCGACGGGACUGGGCUACGGCUUGCUCGGGGAUGGGAUAGGGUACGUGCUCUUCACGCUCUUUGCCACCUACAGCAUGCUGCCGCUGCCUCUCACCUGGGCCAUCGUGGCGGGACUGCUGACCUCCGCGCUGCACAUCGCGAUCCAGCUGCUGGUGCCCCCUCGAGCGCAGAUCUCCACGAAUCAGCUGUUAGCUCAGGUGCUGCUGUUCUUAUGUAUAAACACUGCAGGGAUGUUUAUCAGCUACCUGUCAGACCGCGCCCAACGACAGGCCUUUCUGGAGACACGCAGGUGCAUCGAGGCACGUCUCCGCCUGGAGACCGAGAACCAGCGACAGGAGCGUCUGGUCUUGUCGGUGCUGCCGCGCUUUGUAGUGCUGGAGAUGAUUAACGACAUGACCAACGUGGAGGACGAGACCCUACAGCACCAAUUUCACCGCAUCUACAUUCACCGCUAUGAGAACGUGAGUAUUCUCUUUGCUGAUGUGAAGGGCUUCACCAAUCUUUCCACCACACUCUCCGCUCAGGAACUCGUUCGAAUGCUCAACGAACUCUUUGCACGCUUUGACCGACUGGCACACGAGCAUCAUUGUCUGAGGAUCAAGAUACUGGGGGAUUGUUAUUAUUGUGUUUCUGGCCUUCCCGAGCCUCGACUGGAUCAUGCCCACUGCUGUGUUGAGAUGGGCCUCAGCAUGAUCAAAACCAUCAGGUAUGUGCGCUCACGAACAAAGCAUGACAUAGACAUGCGCAUCGGCAUCCACUCUGGCUCAGUUCUUUGCGGAGUUCUUGGUUUGCGGAAAUGGCAGUUUGACGUCUGGUCUUGGGAUGUCGACAUAGCCAACAAACUGGAGUCAGGGGGAAUACCUGGGAGGAUCCACAUCUCUAAAGCGGCUCUAGACUGUCUGAACGGUGAUUAUGAGGUGGAGGAGGGUCACGGUAAGGACCGUAACGACUUCCUGCGCAGGCAUAACAUCGAGACCUUCCUGAUCAAGCAGCCAGAGGAGAGCUUACUCACACUGCCAGAGGACAUCAUGAGAGAUUCCACCAACCAAUCAGAUCACAGAACGUCUAACACUUCCUUCACAGAGGGAACAUGGAGCCCUGAACUUCCCUUCCAUAACAUAGUGGGCAAACAGAAUACUCUGGCUGCGCUCACACGUCACUCCAUUAACCUGCUCCCCAACCACCUGGCUCAAGCCCUGCAUGUGCGCGCCGGCUCACAGGAAAUUAACGCUCGCAUGCAGAGCGCCAUCGCCCUGCGCAGCGGGCACAAGCUCCGCCAAGAACAUAUCUCCCCCUUCUCUCUCACCUUUAGAGAAGCACUGCUGGAGCAGAAGUAUUCCCAGAUGCGAGAUGAGGUGUUUAAGUCUAAUCUAGUGUGUGCCUUCAUUGUUCUCUUCUUCAUCACUGGAAUACAGAGCUUACUUCCCUCAGCAAGGACGGUCACUAUGGUGAUACAGUUCUCCGUCCUCAUCUUGCUGCACUGUUGCCUUGUUGUCGUGACAACAGCGGAGGACUAUAAGUGUUUGCCGCUGGUUUUGCGAAAAGCAUGUUGCUGGGUGAACGAAACGUACGCUGCACGGAACGUUGUCAUCUUCCUCUCCAUCCUCAUCAACUUUCUGGCUGCCAUGAUUAACAUACUUUGGUGUGAUUUCGACAAAUCCGGCUCAUUCAGGAACCAGACGUUUAAUGCAUCUGCCUCAAUCCCUGAUAUCUGCUUCUACCCAGAGUAUUUCGUGUUUACUGGAGUGUUGGCUAUGGUGACGUGUGCAGUGUUCCUCAGACUGAACUCGGUUCUGAAGCUGGCCAUCCUGCUGAUCAUGAUCGCUAUCUACACAGUGCUGACAGAGGCCUUCUACACACCACUGUUCAUCCGCUAUGACACACUUACACUUAAUCAGAGCAAAAGCUUCCUGGGAACCAAGGAAACGUCUCUGCUUCUCAUGGCGAUGUUCCUUUUAGCUGUGUUCUACCACGGCCAACAGCUGGAGUAUACCGCUCGUCUGGACUUCCUAUGGCGUGUACAGGCGAAGGAAGAGAUAAAUGAGAUGCGAGAGCUGCGUGAACACAAUGAGAACAUGCUCCGGAACAUUCUCCCCAGCCAUGUCGCACGCCACUUCCUGGAGAAAGACAGAGACAAUGAGGAGCUCUACUCGCAGUCCUAUGAUGCGGUGGGAGUGAUGUUCGCCUCCAUUCCAGGUUUUGCUGAUUUUUACUCGCAGACUGAGAUGAAUAAUCAGGGUGUGGAGUGUUUGCGGCUGCUCAACGAGAUCAUCGCUGAUUUUGAUGAGCUGCUGGAGGAGGAACGCUUUCAGGACAUCGAGAAGAUAAAGACCAUCGGCAGCACGUACAUGGCCGUGUCAGGACUGUCUCCUGAGAAACAACAAUGUGAGGAUAAAUGGGGGCAUCUGUGCGCGCUGGCUGAUCAUUUUUUAUCUCAGGUCCCCACACUCAAAUCUGUCUUAAAAUAUUUAUUUAUUAUCACCAAAAAUCAGUGUUUUUCUGAUGAAAAUUACUUUCUUCAUAGCCCUCUAUUAGAAGGCUUAAAUGUAGGUUGGAGCAUAGUCAAUCUGGCAAGUCGCAUGGACAGCACAGGUGUCAGCGGAAAGAUCCAGCUCCCAGAGGAGACCUACGGCAUCCUGAAUGAACGCGGCUUCGCCUUCGAGUACCGAGGCGAGAUCUACGUGAAGGGAAUCAGUGAACAGGAAGGCAAGAUCCGCACGCACUUCCUGCUGGGCCGCGUGCAGCCCAACCCGCUCAUCCUGCAGCCGAGGAAGCUCACGGGCCAGUACUCGCUCGCCGCCGUGGUGCUCGGCCUGGUCCAGUCCCUAAACCGGCAGAAACAGAAGCAAAUCCUCAAUGAAAACAACAACUCAGGCAUCAUGAAGGGCCACUACAACCGCAGAACUCUGCUGGCGCCGGGCGGCUCGGACACCAGCCACGCCGAGGUCACGGACAAGAGCGAGCUGGCCUAGAGGACGGGGAAAACAAACUGCGUACUUAACCAAAAGACUGAGCUGUUCUUCAGACUGCUGCCACUGACUGUCUCUCUUGCUGUCUGUGUUUCUUUUUGUAUUUCUUUUGUAUUUGAGAAACAAUA